AUGUGUUGUUUGUCCCGUGAAAACAGAAGGGGAAAACAGUAUAUUUCAACUCUUGUCAAGAAGCUCAAGAAUCCUCCCAUUUUUAGCAAAGGGAUAUGGAAAAUUGUUUCAUCUCAAAGAUGUUCUCAGCAAGAUGAUGAAGAGGAGACGAAGCUCAACCGCAUUGAGCAGCACAGACAAGCGCAGCAUGAAACUGCUUCAUUUUCUGGUGUUUCUAGCAGUGACGAUGAGUCCAACAUAAGCUUGGUUUCAACACCGGAUUCGGACUCAUUGCCGGAAUCGUCUCUUCCCCAAGAGGCCCUGAAACUAGCAGCUAAUAGGCCACUUCCGGAGAAAGGGAAACUGCUGCUGGCUGUGAAGGAUUGCCGGUCCCCUCCUGCAGAACCUUCUUUGGCAGGACCGCUUCCUCAAUGGCAGCAUCCGCCGCCUCAGCUUGCCUCCAUCGAGAUUCCACCGGUGUCUAUUUCUUCCCCUAAACAGCAAUUCGUAAAACAAGAGUCUUUCAACGAUGUUAAUGGUUGUUUAAGCAAGAAGAGGAGUCCAGAACUAUGAAGAUCACUUUGAAUAUUCUCUUCACUCCAAGUACCACAAGGUUGCUCUUCACUGAAGGUCAAAUUCUGAUUCUUGUCCCUCUACUAUACUAAUUUGACAUAAUUUGAUUUCAUUAGUUAAUCCCAAAUAGUUAAACACCAUUAACUAUCCGAGUUAAAACAUAGACGAGAACUUUUUCUUAAAACACCCUCUCGAACACAGAAAAAACCAUAUCAACUGAUAAGUUCGAAGUGUUGUUUUUAAGAAAAUUUCACGUCAACAUUUUAACCAGAAUAGUUAUGAGGUUAAUUAUUUUUGUUGGCUAAUGGUGCUACAAAAGUAGAAAGAUCAAUGAUGUUAAAUUAUACGGACUAAAUCAUAACUCAACUGUAACGGAAGCACUAAAACUAUAGUUUGACCCUCCACCACACAAUUACCAAUUUCAUACCUGAAUUUUGAAGACUAGUCUCUGUCUUAGGAAUCAAAUGUCCUAACUACAAAACCACCAAUGUACUUCAAUGGAGGCUUAGAAUGUUAGUUAAUGUCUCUGUCUAUGCAUAA